AUGUCGUUCAACAUUCGCACGUCGCAGGCCUCGACGGACGCAGGCUCGACCUGCUCGAACUGGGACGGGAUCCGUAAGGAAAACGUCAUCAGCAACAUCAAGACGGUGGCCGCGGACUUCGUGGGAACGCAGGAGACGUCGGACGCGCAGAAGGCGUACCUGGACGAGCAGCUCGCAGGCACCUACUCGGUCAUCGGAGAGAGCACGGGAUCGUUGAACGGAAAUGCAAACGAAUGGAACGCAAUGUAUUUCAAGCGCGAUACUUGGUCGCUCAUCACGAACGGCAUGUUCUGGUUCGGCACAGAUCCCGACAGCAUGACUUCUGCGUGGAACAUGCAAUAUUACAGAACCUGUGUGUGGGGCCGCUUCAAGCACAUCGCCACGGGGGCCACGAUCUGUGUGAUGAACACGCACUACGAGACGCCAGGCAACGACGAGGCCCAGGAGAACGCCUCCAACAUCAUCCUCGAGCGCAUCAAGACCAACUGUGACGCAGGCGACAACCUCAUCGUGGUAACCGGAGAUUUCAACGCUCUCAAGAGCUACUCGGCCAUGCAGAUCAUGUUCAACAACAACAUGGAGGACCCGUCGGACGAGGGCACGUUCUGCGGCGAUAUGCUGUCGUCCACGUGCUCCGUCAAGUACGACUUCACCCUGUUCCGCGCACAGAGCGAGGAAGCGUGCCACCUGAAGUCCGAGAUCUCGCGCAUCAAUUACGACGGCUGCUACUCGUCCGACCACGCCGGUGUGGUUGGAUCGUUCUGCCUGCAGGGUUCUUGCUGUUCGAACAGCUCGUCGUCAGGCUCAAACAGCUCGUACUUCCAGAGUGACAGCGUUGCGGGUGAGAGUGACAUUGUUGGAUCGGUGCGGGCGAGCGAUGUGUCGGGCGCCGACAAGGGCAAGACACAGACCGAGUCCGCUUCCAGCUCUUCUUCCGGUGCAGCUCAGAUGAUCUCCACGUCUUCGGAGGGAGGUGGCAGUGCCUCCACUACGGUUGGAAUUAUCAUGGGCUCGCUCGGUCUCGUCGGUCUCGUCGCUCUUGUGGCCAUUCGCCGCAAGAAGAAGCUGGAAGAGCAGGCUCGUCUCGAGAAAAUGUACGACCCGAACAACAGCGGCUACUUCCCCGGUUCGACUGCGGCCAGUGCACUUCCCGACAUGGCGGCGCUAUCUCCUCUACCAGAAGGAGACGGCGAAAACGUCCCCAGCUCUCCUAUUCCCGAGCUGGCAGCGGUUCCUCGGGGUACGCGUAUCUCGACAUCGUCUUCAGUGUCGGCAUCUGACUCCGAGGUGGCACGACAUGAUGACGAGCGGAGUUCGGAGAUUCCUCGAGCGAGCCGAGUGCUCAGUACCAGCUCCAGUAACCGGUCAUCUACUGCUGUGAUGGACCACAACACCUCAGACUCGGAGUAUUCGUCCGCCUAUAGCAACUCGGUCCUCAACGACGAGGGCGAGUUCAGCACGUCCGUCAUCAGCUACGGCAACUCGUCCUUCUCGAGCUACGCCGAGUCGUACGGCAGCUCGUCCAUCGCUAUGAGCAAGGUCAACUUCAGCGAGAUCUUCACGCGCGACUCGGACGACAGCGAGUUCUCCCACUCGCAGACCAAGAUCUAG